UGAUGACUUUUCCUCUGGUUUCUUGCGUUACAUAAAGAGCCUGCAAAAACAGAGUAAGAAACCAAACAGAACCUCAAACCUCAACAGCAUGGACCCUUCUUCUUCUUCUUCGUCUUCUUCCUCUUCCUCCUCUUCUUCUUCUUCUUGCUGUAAGAUUCAGGAUUUGGGUAAUGGGAUCGGACAAAAGAAGGUGAUAAGAGUCCUGGUCUUGUUUCUGGGUUUGACCGCUUCGUGUCUGGUUCUGUACAAAGCAGCUUCUCCUCUGCAACGGAUCGACGUUAAAGACUUCAGCUCUUUGCUCAGUAACGAAUCCUCUGUUUCUAAAAUCACCAACUCCUCAUCUUCCCCUGAAACAAAAAAAACAGUAACCAGUUUCAGACAAGUUCUUGAGAACGCGUCGACGGAGAACAGGACGGUGAUCAUAACUACAUUGAACCAAGCAUGGGCCGAACCGAACUCCCUGUUCGAUCUCUUCCUGGAAAGUUUUCGGAUCGGACAAGGAACACAGAAGCUUCUGAGACAUGUCGUGGUGGUUUGCUUGGAUCCCAAGUCAUUCGCCCGAUGCUCAGAGCUUCACCGGAACUGUUACCAACUGGUGACGGCGGGAACCGAUUUUUCCGGCGAGAAAGUGUACAUGACUCCUGAUUACCUCAAGAUGAUGUGGCGGCGUAUCAGGCUUCUUACCGAGGUUCUCGAGAUGGGAUUUAACUUCAUCUUCACGGAUGCUGAUAUAAUGUGGCUUCGAGAUCCAUUCCCAAGGCUAUACCCAGAUGGAGAUUUUCAGAUGGCAUGUGACAGAUUCUUCGGCGACCCUUACGAUUCAGACAACUGGGUCAAUGGAGGGUUCACCUACGUGAAAUCUAACAACAGAACGGUUCAGUUCUACAAGUUCUGGUACAGAUCGAGGCUGAACUAUCCAGGGUUACACGAUCAAGACGUGUUCAACAGGAUCAAACACGAUCCCGCCGUUUCCGAGAUGGGAGUCCGGAUGAGGUUCUACGACACUGUCUACUUCGGUGGGUUUUGUCAGACGAGCAGAGACAUGAACUUGGUCUGUACGAUGCAUGCGAACUGCUGCAUCGGUCUGGAGAACAAGCUCCAUGAUCUGAAUCUCGUUCUUGAUGACUGGAGAAAGUACCUGUCUUUGUCGGCGGCCGUCAAUGGGAAGAAUCCUCAGAACACGACGUGGAGUGCUCCUAAGAAGUGUAAUGAUUAGGAAGUGGGGGAUCUUGGGUCUCGUUGUUUGGAUCGAGAAAGUGGUAAAUCCAAAACACAGAUGAUUGGUUUCUUGAGUUACAAGGAAACGGUUCUGUUUCUCAAGGAUACUAUGGGAAUAUAAUAUCCACGUCCUGUUAAUUUUUUUAAUAAAAAAUAAAAAUCUAUCCUA